AUGGAUACAAAUAUUAUUAAUCAUUAUGAUAUUAUUAUAAUUGGUGGUGGUAUAGCAGGAUUAUCAGCAACUAGACAUUUAUUAUUAAAAAUGCCAGAAUUAUCUGGUAGGAUUGCAGUGAUAGAACCAAGAUCAGAGAGAAGAGAUAAUUUAGAUGAAGAUUAUAAAGUUGGAGAAUCAACAGUUGAAGUUAGUGCAAUGUUUUUCGCCAAAGAAUUAGAGUUACAAGAUUAUUUAAUAGAGAAUCAUCCACCAAAAUUUUCAUUACAAUUUCAUUGGCCAAGAGAAUUAUCAAAGACUGAUACCAUUGAAGACUACUAUAGUACAUGGGCAGUAAAGAAUCCAGAUAUCCAAGCUUUUCAAUUGAACCGUUGCAAGAUUGAGCGUGAUCUAUUGAAAAUGGUAAUUGCCCAAGGCGCAGUCUACUACCAUGGUAGAGUUAGAAAUGUUGAUAAUUUAGAUAACGAUGAUAUGAAAUCAAUCGAUGUUGAAAUUCUAAGUGAAGUUGAAUCUGGUGCCGAUUUCAAAUUACAGCAAUCAAUUGAACGUAUAACAUUGACAACUGAUUAUAUUGUGGAUGCAAGUGGUAGAAACUUUACUGUUGGAUCUCGUACCGAUAACAUUUUAAAGGAUCCAAAGCAUUUAUUUGGUCUGGAUAAUGCAAGCACUUGGGUGAGAGUGAAAAACACAGAGAGAAGUUUAUUCGAUUUCAAAAGUCAAGAUGUGACAUGCUCUUGGACCUACGAUACCAAUCAUUUCUUUGGUCCAGGCUAUUGGAUUUGGAUGAUCCCCUUGGAAAGAGGCUCUCGUGAUUACAGUAUUGGUGUUUCAUAUCAUCGUGAUAAAAUUCAACCUUCUCAAUUAAAUUCAUUGGAUAAAUUCAUGUCAUUCCUUGAAAAGAAUCAAAAACUACUCUAUAAUCUAAUUAAAAGUGGUGAAAUUGUUGACUUUCAUCGUUGGCCAAAACUUGCACAUACAAGUAAAACCUUUUUCUCUAAAAAUAAUUGGUGUGUAAUUGGUGAUGCUGCUGCAAUUUUCGAUCCUUUCUAUUCAACUGGUAUGGUAAUGAUUGCUAUGGAGAUCGAGUGUCUUACUGAAAUGUUAAAGUUUAAACUUUCAAAUGCUGCCAAUGACUAUCAUAGACGUGUUGAAGCAUUCGAUAAAUUAAUUAGAUGUGUAACACAAAUUAAUAAUCAUUUAAUCAAAGAUCAUUCAAAUCAUUUAGGUAAUGCUUCAAUUAUGAGUUGGAGAAUUUAUUUUGAAUCUUCAACUUAUUUCUCCAUAUUAUUGCCUGCUUACAUUGGUAAAUAUCAUCUUUGUCCAAUUUUCUCGGAUCAUUUCACUACUGAUCAUGAAAAUGGUUUAGCAUUACGUAAUCAAUUAUUGGCAACUUUGGAUUAUGCUAAUGAAAACUCUAUAAACAUUGGAUUCAUGGAUAAUCAUAGAGGUGGUCAAUUAUUGGGUGAUUGGAGUCCAACUUCAUCUUGGGACUAUGAUCAUGCUCUCUCACUUGCAAAGUAUGGUCAUAAAAGAUUAAAUUUACCAAAAUGUUUAUCUUGGUCCAAUUUUUAUCUAUCUCUAAUCAUUUGUAAACUAUAUUAUCGUGUCUAUGGUAUUGGUGCAUUAUGGAAUUCAUCUUUCUUCAAAUCUUUAUCAAAUACAACCUAUAGAUUCUCUAAAUUUUAUUUCCUUUCUAAAUUACAUUCUUUUAAUAUGAUUGGUACUCCAAAUAAUGAUUAUUAUGAUAAAAUUCAAAAAGAUUUUAAAUCUUAUAACUAUAAUCAAAAUAAUAUUGUUGAUUGGAAGUAUUAA